GAUUACUUCAGCUACUUGGGAACCGAGUUACUAAUCAUCUUAAACCAGGGAUUGGCGCAAACAUCGGAAUGUUUCGAUUCAAUGAAGGAAUUUUGAAAAAUAAGUACGGAAAACUUCCUAAUGACUUGACACACGUACUGAAUUGGAUUUUAUAUUUCAUGGACAACCAGUCAAUCGAUUUCCUAUAGAAAAAUCACUACGAGUACCAUUCUAUGUGGGUGGACUAUUGUCCGUACUUAAACAGUAUGCGGAUACCGGAGCUGAUAAUUGUUACUUUUCAUGAAUCCCUGUUGACAAUGUGAUGGAAUUUUAGCGAUUUUGCAGAUAUCUGGAUAGUUAUUUGUUUCUUUUAAAUAUAGUCAACGUGCCAGUAUUUUGUGGAUGUGGAUUACUUUAGAGUGUGGCGCUAUUUUAGAAAAUAAUUUCUGGAAUAAUUAAGCUAGCGUCAAAUUUUACGUGUUUGCUAAACGGGUAAUCUUAAUUGUGUUCAUUAUACAUUUGUUUAAUUGGCAGUGAACUUAGCAAGUCAAAACUUCGUCAGUGCACCGGUAUCAAAGUUGUUCAUAAGUAACUCAAGAAUGUUUACAAAAAGUUAAUUCUUUAAAUAACAGACGUAACAUGUUAUUUGGGUUUUUAAUGAAAAAAUUGAAAAUUGCGGUAAAUAUUCAUUGUGUACUUUUUUCAUAAUUGUUUAAAAAAACGUGUGCUGUCAACUUAUAUCAUUUUAUACGACACGACUAAAUAAUGACAAGACAUCAUAAAAUACGCCAAUAACCUUUUCAGGAUGGAAUAUAAUACAUCAGGUAUUUAACAGUGACAGAAUUAAUGAGGAAUCGCUAAUUAUCAGACGAAUAAAUCAUCAAUAAUAUCGUCAUAAUCUUUCCAUGAGAAAAUACCGACUGAGAACAUUAAAAGAUAAGAAACGACAAAUUGUCAACUUCCAAACAUGAAUUAUUAACCCAGCGGGAUUAUCAUAUCUUGCUUUAUUACCAACAAUUCCGUUUUAGGCGACACUGCCUGUAAUAAACAAUAUACGGUGUGUGUAAUGACGUCAUUGAUAUCCCGGCCAUCUCAAUAUGGCGAUCAAAUUCUCGUAGAAUUAGUUAUACCAUUGCAUCGGCUGAAUUAUUCGAAUAACUUUGGAUUUUAUCGACUCUGACACUAUUCAUACAGAUUAUUUAUGACAGAUUCCUGAAAAAAAGUGCCUAGGUUAUCUCAGAUCAACACUUUUACCUCAUAACUCUAAGAUGGCCUAUCGAACUUUGAAUCACGUUUAAACCGCCAACUGUUAUUUCUACCUUUCAAGGUAAUUUUUCUCCGAACAGUUACAGUAACGACAACAGCGGAACAUGUCUGCUUACGAAACCGAGGCUCUGUCGAUGACCGUGAGAUAUAACAAGGGAGGUAAAAAGAAUGGCUACCUUCCAGAUGGGUUUGAAAAACCUCCUGAUUGGGAAAAUGAAUAUUCCGAAGAGGAUGAAGUGUUUGUUGAAAGUCCAAGCAUAGAUAAAGAUGGUGCAACUAAACCUUUAAUGUAUCCAAGGUCAAGAACGAAAACAAAAAUUGGGCGUGGCCGACUCCGCAAAUGCCGGCCAAUAGUAAAUGCUGUCUCAUGUUUUCUAUUCUUGGUGCUUUCAUUGGGCUCUCUGAUGGGUCUUGUUGUGUAUUUUGUAAACAAACACGAGCAAAAUAAAGCUGGAUUUAAUAAAGUGAUUUCACCAGGUGCUUUCAAUUUUGUUAAUGAGAAAAUAACGCGGGAUUAUUCGGAUAUCGUCGGUUGUGAUCAUAUAGAAGUUGAGGAUGUUUGGACAGUAGGUAUACCUAAAUUAUUGACAGAAUCUGCAUUCCGAUUGGUUGAUGUCAAUCAAGAUGGCGUGUUAGACAUCAUUGUGGGAUUUGCAACAGGUGCAGAUGGCUACAACAUUCCUAGCAUAGUAUGUGAUAUUUACUUCCCUGGUAACUACCCAUGUUUUGGGGGAUUGUUAGCGCUAGAGGGAGCCAGUGGAAAAGAAUUAUGGCGGCACUAUUCGGAUCAUGAAAUUUAUGGACUUAACUGUGAAGUCGACUUAAAUAAAGAUGGCGUAAUGGAUUGUCUGGCAGGCGGUCGAGCGGGGGCUUUCCAAGCUGUGAGCGGAAAAGACGGGUCUCUGAUUUGGAAUUUCGGUAAACAAGAAGCAAAGAAUGACAUAAUGAAUUUGUACACGGCUCAGAUUAUCAAAGACAUAGACGGAGAUGGUACUGUAGAUAUAUUGGCGAUACAUGGUGGGGACCCUUUGCAAGAUCCAG